AUGUGUCGAAAGCAACCGGGAAUUACCGUCGGUCGACUCUGUGAAAAAUGCGAAGAUAAAUGUCCUAUAUGCGACUCCUACGUACGUCCCCAUACUCUGGUUAGGAUUUGUGACGAAUGCAACUACGGAAGCUACCAGGGACGAUGCAUUAUCUGCGGUGGCAUGGGCAUCAGUGACGCCUAUUAUUGCAAGGAAUGCGUUCAGCAAGAAAAAGAUAGGGAUGGCUGCCCAAAAAUCGUCAACCUUGGUUCAGCGAAAACCGACCUGUUCUAUGAACGAAAGAAGUACGGCUUCACUCAAAGGUGA